AACAAAAAGUGAAGCCAGGUCACAGUUUAUUAAUAAUUCAAUCUAAGCUUGUGGUCAGUCCAAUUGUUGCCAUGGAUCCCACAAUUUCUGUUUCCAAAGGCUGUUUUGUUUAUAAAAAUAAUGCAACCCGUGCUGGCAAAAAAACUCCCGCCAAACGUAAACACAGCAGUGUUCUUGGCCAGGAGAUCACAGCUCAGCCGUUCUACUCAGCGUACUCAGAGUGCUGGCAAAAGCUGGAAUCCCAUAUUGCGCAGCUGCAGCAUCAGAGCUAUUCGCGCACAUUGGAGCAUCUUAUCGAGUACGUGAAGAAGGAGAGCGUAGGCAUAGGGGACAAGGACGACGAGAUUUUACCCACGGCAGCACUUCUAACAGGCAUCAAUCAGCCAGACCAUCUAAAUCAGUUCGAAACACUCACCCGGCGCUUACACUCAGAAAAUGCAGCACGAGUUUGUGUGCUCCAAUCCCGCGACUGUAGCACCCUCAAAGCAGCCGUCGAAGCCAUGGUGUACAAUUUAAUCGAGGCACAAAGCGCCGGAGGUGCUCUCUCUGCAGAGGAGCUAGACUGCGAUGAAGAGAUCGAACGUGAUCGAAAGCGCUUGCGCCGCACGCAAUGCACAAUGAAGCAGCUCAAAGCCUGGUAUCUUAACAACUUCGAUACCUCACAAAAUCGUCGAGCUUUGGUUAUCAUACUACCCGACUUUGAAUGCUUCAACACAGCCGUGUUGCAGGAUUUCAUACUUAUACUUAGCGCACACUCCAGCUCUCUGCCAUUUGUCCUGGUGUUGGGAGUAGCCACGGCCAUGUCCGCAGUCCACAGUACGCUGCCGUACCAUGUGAGCAGCAAAAUCAAAUUGCGAGUCUUUCAAACUCAACCGGCACCUGCUGGGUUGAAUGAGAUGCUCGACAAAGUGCUGCUCUCGCCUCAAUAUACCUUCCAUUUAUCCGGGAAGGCCUUCAAGUUUCUUACGUACAUUUUUCUCUACUAUGACUUCUCCAUACAAGGCUUCAUUCAGGGAUUUAAGUACUGCCUCAUGGAGCAUUACUUUGGCGGUAAUGCUUAUGCACUGUGCACGGACUAUAGCCAGGCACUGACUCGCAUCAAAUCCCUGACUCAUGAUGACAUGGAAACCAUACGACGCCUACCCUCAUUUCGUCCUUAUGUGGAAGGCAUAAACGACUGCAAACGAAUCAUAGCCGUACUCACAGAUGAUGACUAUUUGAAAAAAAAGUUGCCCCAGCUUUUACGCGAUUGUAUGCUCCAUUUUAUGCUCUUUCGUUGUAGCCUAGAAUUCUUUACGGAACUCGUUCACGACUUACCGCGUUGCCCGCUUGGAAAACUUCGGCGUGAACUCUAUGUCAAUUGCCUGAACAAGCCAAUCACACAGCAGACUGAGUACAAGGAAUGUUGGCAGAUGCUCGGCUUUCUCUCCAAGUAUGAGUUUGUCACCAAAAUCUCUAAAUGUAUUGCCUGCACCGAGCAGUUCAUUAGCAAUGAUAUUGAGCCACUGGAGUUGGGCGACGCAUGCGCGUCUUCCAUGCGCAACCAACUGAAGGAAAUACAGCAAUUGCUUACUAACGUGGUCAUGGCUACCAUGGAGACGUCUGGCCCAGCAGCCACAGCAGCGACAGCCCCUCUGGCAGGCAGCACGGAUCUCACACAUGUGGCUUCGCGGCAUGAGCUAAAAGCGCAGCUAUUGCAGCGCAGCAAGCAGGACAAAGAACAGCAGCCAACCACGGAGUAUGCGAAAGCUUUACAACUCAUCCUGCAACACAUCGAAACGCAUUUGGUAAUGAAGUACCUACGGCCGCUACAAAACGCUCCUCCGCUCCACGAGCUUUAUAUUUUUAGCGACAUUUCGACGGUGCGUCGCAAUAUAAUUGGCGCGCCCCGCGCUGCAUUGCACACCGCACUAAACAAUCCACAUUUCUAUAUGCAAUGCAAGUGCUGCGAACUGCAGGACCAGUCGCAGCUGGUCAGUACAUUACCCGAUCUGUCGGUGGUCUAUAAAUUGCAUUUGGAGUGCGGACGCAUGAUUAAUCUGUUCGACUGGCUGCAAGCGUUCCGUUCGGUGCUGCGGGCCAGUGAAGACCUGAAUGAAGAUACGCAGCAGGAGCAGAUCGACCCGCAAAUACAAGCACGCUUCACCCGCGCCGUGGCCGAGCUACAGUUCUUGGGAUAUAUUAAAAUGUCAAAGCGGAAGACCGACCAUGCCACUCGGCUUACUUGGUAAACUUCAUUCAUGCAACGCCUUUUGUUGCGGUUUUACUGUUUUUUUUAUCCUCUAUUUGCAUGUAAUUUAUGAUCUUUUAUUAAAAUACCUUUUGGUAAUAAAUAGC